GACCCGAAACGACAACCGACGCUGAAAACCUGACAACGCAACGUUUUCAAAAAUUAGACGAGAAGAAGAUAAUGUACUAAAAGAGUAGAAUUAAAGAUGUUUAAAAAGUCUACCUCCAGAAAAAAAGGGACGGCAACCUCUUCGAGACAUCGCAAGGAAGUGGAAAACAGAGGCCAUCAUGGAAGAGGUGUCCAAUCAACGAUUCAAACUCGUUCGAUUGAAAGGGCUCUUGCUCCGAUUGCAGCACAGGUAUCUCAGCUUAUCAUCCUGAAUGAGACAGCAGAGAGGGAGGGGGGCAAGUUGCCCAAUCUUAUUCCAUUUGCCCAGACUGUCCUGAGAGCUACAGAAGAACUUGUGCAGGUUGGUCACAAAAUGGCAAGAGAUACAGAUGAUGAGAAACUACAGAGAGAAAUGCCAGAGGUAUGUGAUGCAAGCAUAGCUGCUGGUCGAAGCAUGUUGAUGGCAGUACAGCGUCUUCAGGCUGAACCCCUCUCGGAGCCAGCGAGAGACAACAUGGUUACCGCAGCAAGGAGAUUGCUAGAGACUACCAUGAAGGUCCUUCUUAUUUCUGAUGAUGCAGAGGUUCAUCGGAUCCUAGAUACCUGUGAUUGGGUGACAGAGGGACUACAGAACAUGAGAGCUGUAGGCUCCAUGAAGGAAUUAGUGACUACAUUCAAGGACUUCACAGAGUCUGUUCUCACGCUAUGUGAUCUGUGUGACAAAAGGCAGCAGGAUCUCAACGACCCUCAAAAGAAAGAAAGGAUACUCUCCGCUCUGUCGGGACUCAAGAGGGCGAUGCCUCUCCUCAACUCUUCAAUGCAAAGCUACGUCAAGUACCCAACCAAUGUACAGGCAAAGGCGAGUCGAGACUACUCAUGCAAACAGGUUGGGGAGUGUGUGAGGCAGAUCACAGAAGCUUUAACACAGGCUUCCAGCAGAGGGCAGAACACAGUUACUCAUGAGAGACCGGGCCACUUCGCUCAUAACAUGGAAAAGUUAGUGGAGCUGCUGUCACCCAACAUGAGAUUCAAACUAGACAAAGGUUUUGAUGAUGUCUUGGAGCAGACCGUCAGACACGGCAUGAGCAUCGCUGCUUCUUCUCGAGAAGAUAUCAGAGAUGAAAUAGUCUCUGUUUGCAAACAGAUAUUACAACUCAGAUCAGAUGUGAUGAAGGACCUUGAAGCAUUACAAGAUAACCCCUCGUACAGCCAGCUCAACUCAGACUUCAAGGAGUCUUGCGAGCGAUUAGCCCAUGACCUCUUGACCCUGGAGAGUUUAGCGAAGGGCGCCCUUGUUCAUCAGGUGGUAGAUGCCUUCACGGAGACGACGGAGCCGCUGGAUCGGCUGGUGAAGACGUCCACAGUGAGGUUAAAGGAGAAAGGUCCAUUGAGAGAGGACAUCUGUACCAAGCUACUCCAGCCUUUGGAUGAUGCCUUUCAUGAUCAUGCAGACGGACUACUUCAGAUGGCUAGCUUUGUGGCAGCCAGCUGUGUGGACAGCAAUCAGGGACAGGAAAUCCUUACUCUCGUCAGCAAUAUGGAGCAGUUGGAUGCCGAUGUCUUCCCAUCAUGCCUUGCAGUGCGUAGAGAUCUAACCAAUAAAGGAGCCGUAGAGCAUCUCAAGUUGGUCAGACGGGAGUGGCACAGCGGCGUGCACCAGUUGGUGGACAUCGUCGACGCCCUGAUCGAAGCCAGAAGAUUCCUUGAAGUAUCGGAAUCCUGCCUCGAAAAGGACGUUGAGGAGUGUCGCCAAGCUGGUCUCAUCAGUGAUGCGGAACUCCUGUCCGAGGCAGUUAGUAAUAUUCUCGGACGGUGCAAGAGGGUGCUACAGGUUGCUAAGCAACACCAGGACCAAAAUGAGGAUGCGGUAUAUAGAAAUGGUCUUCAGGUCUUUAUCUCACAGCUAGAGAAUGCCCUCCCUCUAGUCAAGAAUGGUGGCCAUUACUCGGUGGGUAACAUCCAGAACAAGAGAGCGAUGGCGGCCCUGUCGGAACACAACUACCAUCUCAUGCAGUGCGUGCACAACUUGUGCUCUGGGUUAGACGCCUCUAACCACCCAGACAUUCUCAGUCCGCUUAGAGGAGGGGUCAGGGGUCACCAGGCUACAGCAAAUCAAGACUCGUUAGGUUAG